GCUCCUUCUAAUUCGACCGAACUGCAGGACUACAGCACUGGCGUCCAGAUGGGUUGCUGGGGCUUGGUCAUCUAUGCUGCUACUGCUGCUGUGUGUUCAGCUUUACUCCAGAAAUACUUGGACAAUUAUGACUUGAGCAUACGAGUGAUCUACAUCUUGGGCACCUUGGGGUUCUCCAUCGGCACAGCGGUGAUGGCCAUUUUCCCCAACGUCUACGUCGCCAUGAUCAUGAUCAGCACCAUGGGAAUCGUUUCGAUGAGCAUCUCCUAUUGCCCCUAUGCACUCCUGGGACAGUACCACGACAUCAAGGAG